AGAUGGCGGCGUGUGGGACGGCGGGGGCCGCGGGUGGCGGUCCCGGCCGGGCGGGGGUCGGGGCGGGCCCGGCCCCGGGACGGGGAUCGGGGCGAGCAGGGGUCGGGACGGUCCUGGUGGCCGCGUUGGCGGCGCUCGUCUCGCUGCAGGUGGCCCGCGGCGCCGGGAGCGGCCCCGGCGAGCCCCCGCUGCAGCCGUACCCGCCCGGGCAGCACGGCCCCCGGCACGGCCACCGGCACGUCAGGGACUGCCAGCCCGUCAAGUACGGAAACCUCACCCACGAAGCGUGGCCCGGCGACAAGAGCACGGGCGGGCCGGUGGCCGUCACCAGGACGUUUGUCUCGUACAUCCACCCGGAGGGCAGCGACCGCAAGGCGAUCUACGGGCACUUCACGUUCGUGAGGAACCCCCUGAGCACCUUCUCGGUGCUGGAGCCGGGCGGGGCCGGCGGCUGCCGGGCUCGCCGCAGAGCCACCGUGGAGGAGACUGCGAAGCUCAGGAAGUGUCUGGUGGCCCAGAACGGCGGGUACUUCGACAUGGAAACUGGAGAGUGCCUCGGGAAUGUUGUGAGCGAUGGGAGGCUGGUGAGAGACUCGGGAGGCCUGCAAAACGCUCAGUUUGGCAUCCGCAAAGAUGGCACCAUGGUGUUCGGCUACCUGUCUGAGGAGGAUGUGCUGGACCAGUCCAACCCCUUUGUGCAGCUGGUGAGCGGCGUGGUGUGGCUGCUGAGGGAUGGAGAGCUGUACAUCAACCAGAGCCGGGCAGCCGAGUGUGGGGACACCCAGAGCACAGGAACCUUCGACAAGUUCAUCAAUGUGAUCUCAGCCAGGACUGCCGUGGGACACGACCGCCAGGGCCGCCUGGUCCUGGUCCAUGUGGAUGGACAGACAGAGUCCAGAGGGGUCAGCCUGUGGGAAAUGGCAGAAUUCCUGAAGCAGCAGGGACUCAUCAACGCCAUCAACCUGGAUGGGGGAGGCUCUGCCACGCUGGUCCUGAACGGGACCCUGGCCAACUACCCCUCUGAGCACUGCUCCUUUGACAGCAUGUGGCGCUGUCCCCGGAGCAUCUCCACCGUGGUGUGCGUGCACGAGCCGGGCUGUGACCCGCCCGACUGCAGCGGCCACGGGCUGUGCGAGGCCGGGCGGUGCCGCUGCCACAGCCCCUUCUGGGCGGGACCCGCCUGCGACACCUUGGACUGCGGCCCUGCCAACUGCAGCCUGCGCGGCGUCUGCAGCGCCGCUGGAUGCCUCUGUGACGCCGGCUGGACUGGCAGCAACUGCACUGAAGCGUGUGCUCCCGGCUCCUUCGGGCAGGCCUGCAGCCAGCGGUGCCGGUGCCAGCACGGCAGCUCCUGUGACCCCGUGCACGGAGCGUGCUCCUGCCCUGCCGGCUUCUACGGCGCCAGCUGUGAGCACGAGUGUCCCCCGGGCUGGUUUGGGCCGAGCUGCCGGAGCCGCUGUGCGUGUGACCACUCGUGUCCCUGUGACCCCGAGAGCGGCAGCUGCAACAUCAGCCAGCACGGGGCGCUGCAGCAGCUCCUGCACACAGCUGGACAGUGUUUGGCUUCCCAGGAAAGGAGCAAAGACAAGUUCUUUCUGUCAGAGAGCUCGUGGCUCUCCCUGAGCUCUGCCCUGGCCCUGCUGCUGGUGCUGAGUGCCCUGGGGAACGUGGGGCUGCUGCUGCAGGGGCGGUGGCGGCAGCACCGUGACUAUCGCGACUAUGGCAACUAUCGCUACCUCCCCCUGCGGGACAUCAACGGGGACAGCCCUCACAGCCCCACCUCUGCUGCCUGGCACCACAAGCACCUUCAGGAGCCUGAGGACACCCAGGAGCCCGAGGACACUUAGGAGCCAAACCAGGAGUUCCUUUAGAAUCAUGGAUGGGAUGAGGAUUUCACCCUGCAUUGCCCCUCAGCACUGACUGCGACUGGGGCUGUUCUGCCUCAGCCCAGAACUGCCCUGUUGUGGCUGUGCUUUCCUUUCCUGUGCUGCCCUGCAGCAUCAGGGGAUGCAGGACAUCCCUUGGGUGAGGGAAUUCCACAGCUGCAGCAGCAAAGGAGAUGGGCUGGUUCCUUCCAGAACUGAAGGCAAACAGGUGAGGGAUGCAAGUCAGCACCUCCAAAAGAUCCCUGCUCACCUGAGCAGUGCUUUUUAAGAUGCUAAGCUGCCUCUAGUACAAAGCUGGGUUUAAGGGUAUUAAUCAGUGUCUGCCUUUCCUUGCUAAGCUGAUUUUAAUCAGGAAAGUGACCAAAAGUUUGUUCUGAAACGUUGAAGCAGGUGCAGCAGCCAGUGCCAGCAGAGCCCUCCUGUCCCAGCCGUGGUGGUGGCUCAGGGGUGACACAGGGUUGUGACAGCCCUGCAGGGCUGGGGGGUUUUCUCACCAAUCCUCAGGCCAGAGCAGCCCCAGAGGGUGCUGAGUGCUGUGCUUUGGGGCAGCUCCUGCAGCACAGCACCAGGAAAGCCCUCUCAGCUCCAGGUUCCAUUUGUGCAUCUCUCCAGCUCCCAGCAGCCAAAGGCUCUGCCCAGCUCUGAGGGACCCUGGCACAGCCUGGAGCUGUCCCUGAGGGGGAGGGCACAGACAGGAACAGCCUGGCAUGGCUGGCAUGGCACAGCCUGGGCUGCCCUGCCCCAGCAAGGGCUCCAGCCCAGCCAGCACCCCGAGCUCCUCCUCUGGAAAUGUGGAACAAAUCCUUGCACAGUUCCACUCAAACAGUGUUGGAAUUUGCUGCCCCGUGAGGGAACCAGCCUUGGCCAAGCCCCUGGAUGCUGCAGAGGGGUGAGAGCCUGUCUGAGCCCCACACACCUUUAUGCACUCACUCCCUUUUUACCUCUCCAAGUAAAGGAUGUGUAUUUUCUGUGCCAGUGUUGGCACCAAAUCAGCCUGUAACCAAGAGACUCUAUUUUUCUAUGAUUUACAGAAGUUUAUUUGAAACUUGAAUAAAGUCUUUUAGUGCUACCUGCCUGAAACUCAGAAUUCCUGAUGUGCAGCUGCAGAAGGAGCUGAUCCUUUCCCAGCUAACCUCAGCCCCCAGUGGAACCCAGGGGCUCUUUUAUGUUUAAUAACACCCACACUGCAGGAUGUGCUGUUCCAGCCCACUCUGUGUUAGGAAAUUAAACACAAGAUGCUGGUUCUGUAGAAAAAAACCCAAACAUUUUAGUUAAAAAGCAGGAAAAAG